CCGAGCCACAGCCGGGGAGUGGGUGACGCCGGCUGGUCGGGGCUGCGCUCUCCUGGCGACCUGUUCUCCAGAAUGGGGCGCCUGCCGACGCUGCCGACGCUGCUGCUCCUGCUGCUGCUGCUGACAUAUUCCGGACAUGGACAGAAUCCGUUCAAAGGCCUGUUCGGAGGACGGCAGGGCGGCGGGGGCGGCUUCAACCUGGGAGGCUUUCUGAAGUUCGCCGCCGACGAGACGGUGAAGGCAGUCACCAACCAGGGGCAGCAGUCUCAGGACGGCCAGCUGAGGCUCGUCAACCCCGUGAACGCCUUCAACGCCGCGCUGGGCCAGAACUCGAACCAGCGGUACAGCAUCGGCACGCCGUUCGGCGAGUUCAAGAUCGGCGGAGGCCAGCGGCAGACGACCUCUUCGCCGGCUCCUACGGCAGCUACAGCGGCGACGCGACCCACGUCAGCACCAACCGCAGCCCCGGCCACCAGCCCGUGCAGAGGUCGCCGCUGUCGCCCCCAGCCUUCAGGCGGCACUUCUCCCGUUCAGCUGUUCCAAGGCUGCGGCAUCAACCGCCGUAACCUGGCCACUCGGAUCGUGGGAGGACAGGCGGCCGACCCGCGGGCCUGGCCCUGGAUGGUGGCCCUGCUGCGCGGCACGCCCGGCUUCUUCUGUGGCGGAGUGCUCAUCUCUCAGUGGCACGUUCUCACCGCGGCACACUGCGUGCAGAGGUUCCGUCUGCGGGAGGUGCGGGUCCGCCUCGGGGUGUACGACUUCAGCAACGACACGGAGGUGGCGGGUGAGCCGCUGGGCCGAAUGGUCGUGCACCCGCGGUACGACCCAGUCCGCUACCGCAACGACGUGGCUGUGCUCACGCUGGCCCGGCCGGCGCAGCUGAGCGACGACGUGUGGCCCAUCUGCCUACCCGAGCCGGGCCUGGACUUCCAGAACGUCAGGGCGACGGUGAUAGGGUGGGGUACCAUCUACCCGGGCGGGCCGACCAGCAGCGUGCUGCGCCAGCUGACCAUCCCCGUCUGGAGCCAGCAGGAGUGCGACACCGCCUACCCGCAGCUCAUCGACGACGUGUUCCUGUGCGCCGGCGGCCGGCAGGGCGGCCGCGACGCCUGCCAGGGCGACUCGGGCGGCCCGCUGCAGCACAUGCGGUCAGACGGCUCGUGGAGCGUCAUCGGCCUCGUCUCCUGGGGCAAGAGGUGCGCCGAGGUCGGCUUCCCGGGCGUCUACACGCGCGUCACGCGCAUGCUCCGCUGGAUCCUCCGCAACACGGCCUGAGGCGCUCCCGCUGAGAUCGCCCAGGCUGACGCGUGGACUCUGCCGGGACAGGCUGCGUCACGCACCAGUCUCGCUGCACGCUGCUCCACGGCCAGAUGACCAGACCAGACACCGUUGUGCUGGCGUCGGUGACGCUGCAGCUGAUACAGAGUGCCCUGGGAACUGUUUGUGUUCGGGUCGGAAGCCUGCAAGUUACGUCCCGCCGGGAAGUUCGCAUGUGACAGCCCUGCCCUCGCCACUAGCACGGUCUGGCUCAGCUUCGGGUCGGCACAUUUCUGUCAAACGGGUGACAUCUUGAAGUUGCAUGCCUCGCCGGCUGGGCUGUCUGGUUGUUUAAAGCAUUUCGGGCGUGCUGACUUGUUAUUUGUUUAGCUGUUUUCGCGUAGAUGCCAGAGAAUCUCUAACCGAGGUGAAAGCGGAAUGCUGGCUGCUAGUUUGGUAUGGUCAUGACUACAUAUUAGAAAUACACCACGCAAUCGGCCAAUUGCACGUGUCUGACCGAGGAUUC